AUGAGCACCACCAACCUUUUAGAAAAUGAGGCCUUGUUGGAUGACAAGAAAAAUGACAAAGACUAUGAUGCUGAGACAGGUGAAGUAGCUGGAUGUCAAGAGAACCAAAAUGAUGGCUAUGACAACACUAGUGAUGAGAAAGAGAAUGAGAACAAGAGGGACUGUGUACUGAUUUAA